GACAUGAAAGACGAUUACGGUUACAGCCGUGACAGCAAUAGAAGAGUAGUUGAAUCUGAAGAAAUCAACUUCAACGCACCCUCCUUAUCUCAAUUUGAAGAAUUAGAUGAAGUUGAGUACCUAGCAAAGGCUGGCUUUUCUAAUUCAAUGAUUGAAGCCGCCAUUGAGGUCAAUAACCAGAGAAAUUUGAAAUAUCAAGAAAUGGUCACCAAAAUUAAGGAAAACGAGCAACAAUUUCACGCAGAAAAAUAUUCAAAAAUGAGCUCACUCAAAGAUUUUAAUGCGUAUGAAAACAUGCCUGAGCUCAGAAUGAGUGCGAUGAUGAAUCGACGACAACAAGACCCUAUUAACCAAUUUAAUGAAGAGUCCCAAGUGCUUUCACUAGGAACUUAUAAAAAUGGGGAUGAAACUGAGCAAAGAUCAGGAUUAAUCAAGCAAGGAUACUAUCAACACUUCAAAGGGAAUGAGUACCCUGGAGAUCAAAUCCAAACUCGUAACCUUUACCAAAGCAUUAAAGGAGAGAAUGAGCUCUACAUUGAUGGCCAAACUGACUUCAGAAAUCAGCUUGAUAGUAAUAUCUUCCCCGGUCCUAUUAGACAGAAAAUUAAAGGAAACAAAUACAGAAAGAAAUCAAAAUUGAAGGAAGCAAAGUUGUUAAAAGGCAAGGAAAGUGUCAAUAGUAAUUCAAUCAAUAAACCAAAAGCUUAUAAAUUAGGACAGACUAAAGCUAGGUUGGAAGCAAGUGAAUCAACAGCUAAGAACAGUUCAGGCAAAUCAUCCUCUAACAGCUUUAUUUUUAUGAAAAAUAACCCUCACUCACUUAGAAAGGCAAGUAGUAAUGUGCCUAACAUUGGGGAUGAACAACAGGAUAAUCAAGAUCAAAUCAGCACAAGUGAUAAAAAUACUGGAGCAAGUACUCAACCUACGACGAUAGGAGAAAAGGCUUCAAUGCUAAAAAGUGGAGCAAAGGUUAAAUAACAUUGAGGUAACCCCAAAAAUACGUACUAAUCAAUUGAAGACAAGAUCAAAGAGGGACAUGUCUGCUAACCCAGCAGCUUUAAGAAAUAAAAUCCAGAAUGAGAUUUCGAGAUUAGAGAAAAUAGGCUGAAUAAAGAACUUACCAAAGACAUGUGUCGAUACUAUAUUUAAAUAUAAAAGAAUUAAAUUCAUAGCUAAUACUCCUGAAAGUGACCAAAUUUGGUCAAUCAGAUCACCUGAGCUAAGGGAUGAAUACAUUCGUAAAGACCAGCUUAAGCAGGGAAAUAAAUUUGUCAAAUCCUGUAAAGUUGUGUAUGAUAUGAGUGAGAGCAGUCCUUACUAUACUGACUCAAAUAAACCUUACAUUGAUCCGAUGAAGCUACUUCCUGUCAAAGACAAUGGACAGACAAUACCCCAUAGGAGGUUUAAGGCUGCGGGCUUCAGAAGGGGCCUAAUCAACACAGGAAUUCCGUUCAAAGAUAAAUACUACCUUGAUUUAAAUCCAUUCUACGUACCGGAAGAUGCCAAUGAUGCCACUCUAGUGUUUGAAAGUAGAUUCGAAAGUGGAAAUCUCAAGAAAGUCAUCGUCACUGGUGAAGAUGAAUAUGAUUUAUAUUUACGAAGUGACUAUAACUCUCAGGGAUAUGGCCAAUGGUACUACUUCAAGGCUUCAAACACAAGAGCCGGGAAAACCUACACUUUCAAUUUGGUUAACCACUUCAAGCCAGAUUCAUUGUACAACCAAGGUAUGAAGCCUUUGAUGUAUUCUACCAAGAAAGCAAAGAACGAAGGAAUUGGCUGGCACAGAGCUGGAGAAAAUAUUUGUUAUUACCCAACUGGGACUAAGAAGAAAAGCGGGGGAGGUGUUUAUUACUGCUUGUCUUUUAGCUUCGAGCUAGAGUAUGAUAAUGAUGAUGUGUUCUUCGCGCACCAUUUUCCGUACACUUAUCGAGACUGCAAAGAGUUCCUUAAGAAAACCUGUAGCGAAAAGAAGUCCGAUCGUGUCAGACAAACCGAGUUGUGCAAGUCGCUGGGUGGCAACAGUCUGGACUACGUAAUCAUCACCAACUUCGAAGCUCCAGACGAAGACAUCGCCAAGAGAAAGGCUGUCAUCAUCACUGGAAGAGUGCACCCAGGCGAGUCCAACUCGAGCUUCAUCGUGGAGGGGAUGCUUCAGUACUUGGUUGGAGACUCAGACGUGGCUAAAAGACUCAGGAAUAGGUAUGUAUUCAAGAUUGUGCCCAUGCUAAACCCAGAUGGAGUCGUCCUUGGAAACUAUAGGUGAUCUCUCAGCGGACAGGACCUUAAUAGACAAUGGGUAGGAGCAACCGCUAGAUUAUUUCCAGAAAUUUUCUACACCAAGCAGAUGCUGAACAAGACAAUGCAGAGUAGAGCAAUCUUCUUCUUCGUAGAUGUCCAUGGUCAUUCAAGGAAGAAGAACUUAUUCAUGUACGGGUGUCAUAACAAAACUUCUGAUAAGAAUGCUGAAAAGUUAUUCCCACUGGUGUUUUCUAAAACCCAUUCUUCGUUUUCCAUCGAUGAUUGUAAUUUCAAUAUCCAGAAAGAUAAAGAGUCUACAGGAAGAGUUGUUAUUAGGAGAGAGUAUGAUGUAGUUAACAGCUUCACAUUGGAGUCUUCCUUCUGAGGUCCGAAUGUGGGCAAAAAGAAAGACACUCAUUUCACACCCAAUCAACUUAGAGAGGCAGGCAAAGACUUUUGAAUAACUCUUGACAGGGUAAAUGAUGAAAGAAUACAAGUUGACCUUCUUAAAGAACUGCAGUCUUCGAUUAUUCCUUCUAAUUCUGAAAUAGAGAAUAUUCUUAAAGAGUAUGGCUCGAGUAAGUCAGAUGAAGAAAUAGAAGAUGAUGAAACUCUUCGCCAAAAAGCAAUUAAAACUGAGCAAAAGCUCUCUUGUAAAGGCAAGAAGCUUAAAUCUGAAAUGAAGUCUUUUAGCAAUCUUGAGACUUUAUCACUUACCCACACUGUUGGGAUUUCAAGAGGCAAGACUGAGAAGUUAGAAUUAGAGUCAAAGCCUCACUCAACUACUCCUUUCUUUAGGACAAAGAGUAUAGCUCCUAAAUCUGCAGGAAAAAUAUAGGAAGUCUUAUUAUAUAAAUCAGACAUAUUUAAAA